AUGAGUAUGUUAGAGGGCGGUAUGAGGUUAGAACAAUCAGAUGGAUUUGAUGAAAAGGCAUUCAAAGCACAAGAUUCAGUUAAAUUUAUGUUGAGAUCCAAUCCAAAAGUAAAACCUACAGCAAAGGAAGUUUCACAAAAUUCAUAUUUUUGGGAUCCAAAUAAACAAUUAAUGUUUUUAUGUGAACUAAGUGAUAGGCUUUUAAUUUUAAAGACCGCCCAAAAGGAGCAAGAAUAUGCAAUCAAAUCAUUCAAAUCUGGCAAAAAUAAUGUGAUGGUAGGCAGUGGUGUACCAAAAGGUUCAAAUUUUGCAGGAAUUCAAAACAUGCUUCAGUUCACUAUGCCAGCUCAAAUCAAAAGAUAUGUUCAUCAAAUCAGUUGUACUGGUUGGUUUGGCAAAACAGAUAUUGUGACUACAUUCAUCAAUAUCAAUACACCUGAACUUAAUUUGUUGUAUUUGGAGUAUCUGCUUAGUGAAGCCAAACAGAGGUCACCUCCAUUCUUACAGACUGUUGAAGAUCCCAAUGCAGGUUGUACCAGUAAUGGUGGAUGUCAACUUUGUGGAUAUGUGUACAUUCGAUCUCAAAAAACAGAUGAUAGCUUCAGAGAUUGA